CGUCACUCUGGCAGCUCAGCCCCUCCCCCCGCCCACAAGGCUGAGCUGAGCCAUGGCCGAGGCCGAUAAAGAUCUCCAAGGCACUGAUGGUUCUGGAUCUCUUGGUGGCAUUGAUGUUCGUAGGCGAAUCCCCAUCAAGUUAAUCUCCAAACAAUCUAAUCGCAAUCGAGUCCCUUCUCGCACUCAAAGAAAUAUGAACAGAAAUUCUUCAAAGUCACUAUCUACAAAUGAAGGUGACGGGAUUAUUGAUUCUUCAAAUACUGAUGAAGGAGUUCUAGAUACAAACCAAUGCAAAGGAUUUGACUACAAUAAAGAAGACAUUUAUGAUUGCAAAAGUGGGGAGGUGUUUGGGAACCAACGGAGAUUUACUCUCCAGAUGUUUUGGGAUUUUAAGAUCAAUUUGUUGGGUGAAAAAGAUGACACUCCCAUUCAUUUCUGUGAUAAAUGUGGGCUGCCUAUCAAGAUCUAUGGGCGGAUGAUUCCAUGUAAACAUGUAUUCUGUUUUGAAUGUGCAAGUCUGCAUGAGAAGAAAGGUGACAAGAUAUGUCCUGGGUGUAAUGACCCGGUUCAGCGCAUUGAGCAAUGUCUGCGAGGCUCCCUGUUUAUGUGUAGUAUUGUGCAAGGCUGUAAAAGAACCUACCUUUCUCAGAGAGACCUACAAGCGCACAUAAACCAUCGUCACAUGAGAACUGGCAAGCCUGCCCUUCGCCCCCAAUCAGAGCCUCUCCACCCGGCCAUGGCCCCGCCCGGGGACAUUCCUGAGCGCUUUCUGAUGCCACCAGACAAGCACCAUAUCUCCCACAUUCCCCCCAAACAGCACGGCCUCAUGAUGCCCCCGCCCCCACUGCCGCACGUAUCUCACGAGCAUUACAGUCAGACCCAUGAAGACAUCCGUCCUCCUCCGGCAGAGAUGUCUCUCGCUCCCCCUCCUCCCCGGGCAGUCAGUCAGGAGACCUUCAGGAUCUCAACCGUUACCACCAGGAAACACAGCAACUUGAUCACGGUUCCCAUCCAGGACGACUCUUCAAGCAGCGGCAAUCGGGAGCCUCCUGUCCCAGCUCAUCAUCAUCCCGAUUACCCGAGCCAGCCCGUGGUGACCCACCCCCACCACAUGUUACCACCACAACAGCAUUACGCUCCUCCUCCUCCCCCCCCGCCCCCCAUCAAUCACCCUCUGCAGCACCCGUCCCAGGCCGCCGGCAACCCACACAUGGUGUACAACCCAGCCCCACCUCCCCCCAUGUCAACGGCUCCUCCACCAAUCACUCCACCUCCAGGACACAUACUGGCUCAGAUGCCACCGUAUAUGAACCAUCCUCACGGACCUCCUCCUCCUCAGCACUCGGGCCCCCCUGUGAACACCCCCCCUCCCCACCACUACUCGGCCACGUCAAUGCCGCAGUACACAGAGGAUCAGGGAACUCUCAGCCCACCUUUCUCUCAGCCUGGAGGCCACAGCCCAGGAAUUGGUGUCUGGCCUGCUCCCAGAGGGCCACCUCCACCACCAAGGAUGCAAGUGCCCCCUCCGCAGCCUCAGCUCCCGGGACCACCACACCACCCUGAGCAGCCCAGGUACAGGCCUUAUUACCAGUGAGCUGCACGCCUGGGCCCUGUUGUGUAUAGAAUGCUUUGUAGGUUCCAACUUCUAACAUUGCUCCUUCAAAUGCAAGUUUAUUUUUAAGUUUUGAGAAAAGCCAAUGGGAACGGUUGGAGUGAGGUCAAAGAUUGUGCUUCUUGGGUGAGAUUAAGGUUGUGAUACAGUAAAUUUGGAGAGCACAGCUCAAAUAAUUUACCUGUCCCCAAUGCCCCCAAAGUGAACCACAGUUUUCAGCUCACAAUGUAGCAUAUGGUAUUAUACAUAUAAUGUAUGCUAACUACACUUGUUAGGGGAGUGAGUACAAAUGUCAGGAAUGUGUACCGUUGCAAUCUUGGUGUUUCUGUGAGGAAAAUGCUAAUCAACAAUGUGAUGAUUGCGAGAGGUAUAACGAGAGCUGGUUCCUAUGACACUGAUGUAGGGUGUGACUGACUUUUUCUUUCCACAGUGGUUUAAAGAGUGUAGUUGGUGUAUGUUGUAUUGUUUAAUUAUAUAUCUUACCACCUUGUCUGGCUUAUUUGUGCUUAACACUGUAGUUAUCUGUGAAACGUUUGUAAAUAAACGUAGUGUUGCAAAAAAAUGUUCAUUUGCUUGCUGUAACGUCGGACAGAUUGAUGACGAGCACAGUUGGCAACAAGGGUUGGAGGGGGAAGAAAAGUCCUGUAAGUUAAUCACCACACAAUUGUUUUGAAGUGUAAACAGUGUAAAAUGGCUAUUGUGUGGAAUGGUGAUGUAGGGGAGCUUUCCUUCCCCCUCUCAUCAUUAUAUUAUUCUUCUGUUUCAUUCUCUAGAAUUUGUUUUUCAGUUUCCAAAGAAAAGAUAGAAUAAAUUUCAACAAAAACACAGGCAAAAGUAUGUUCUUUGGAGUUGCAUUAAUCUCAAAGACAAAGUACUGUAUAUAGUGUAAUGAUUUGGGGAGCUGGAUACUGGGGGUGGGGCAGGACCGAUUGUUUUGGGGGCCACUGUUACCAAACUAUAAGCGAAACACUGUGUUGGCAAGUCUGUUGUUAGCCUCUUCAGAGUGUGUGCGAUAAUCUAAUCUAGUCAGCCAUACUUGAAUUCAUGUCAUUAAUUAAUUGAGCAACUUUAAAUUGAACGUUAAUUUUUAACCUGAUCAACCUGUCAUCAAAUGCACUGAAUUUCUUUUCAAUACGACAUGCACCAAUAAAUGGGAAUAAAACCUG